AUGGAGGUUUUCCACACGUCCCCGGAAGCAUCGAGCUUCGUCACCAUCGCCGAGCACCAGUCGCGCACACCUAGCUCGUUCCACUCCGGGCCGCCAGUGCUUCACUACCACAGCCAGCGAUGCAAGGUGGUCAUUCUUGAACGCGAUCUGCUUGCCACACCGGCGCUGAAUGCGCUGCGCGGAGAGAGUGCGUCUGCGAACGGAACCAGCGCUGGCGAUGCGGCACAGGAAGCGCAGGACGACGAGGGCCACGAGGUUGCCAUCGAGGGCGUGGAUACGUGGGUGACAUCUGACGUCAAGCAAGCUAACGCAUCCACCACUCCGGCCAGGAAAUUCGUCCUGUAUUCCCCCUCUGCCUCGACAGGCGUCUCAAUUCCGUACCCUUCUAUCUCCCUUCACGCCAUCCAGCGCCUGCACGUCCCCAGCGCUGCCGAUACUGAAGUUCAAGGCCUAUACAUGCAGAUCGCAGUACCCACUGCUCCCUCCUCCGAGGACGACGAGGAGCAAUGCAUCACAAUGACAGUCGUGCCACCAAGAGAGUCCGGCACCGGCGCCGCCGAGAUUACGGCGGAAGCGGGGGCAGCGCAAGAUCUGAGUGACGAGCCGGCGGAGACGCCAACGCAGAUGCUGUACAAUGCUGUGUCCGCUUGCUCAAACCUGCACCCGGACCCCGUGGAGCCGGGUGACGAGGAUGACGAUGAAGAGGGGUCGAAGUUCAUGUCUGCUGAGGAUCAUGGGUAUGCGCUGUUCCAGCUUGGGCAGGAGGCGGUGGGUUCCUCGGACGGGAAUCUGCCGCCGCCUGUUGAGGGAAGCUCUGGGUGGAUCACGGCGGAUAAUAUGCAUGAGUAUUUUGAUGAGGAGGGGAAUUGGAUUGCGGAGGGUGAACCGCCUUCGUUCCCUGGACUUGGUCCUGGUGCUGGGACCAUCCGGGCGCGAGAGGAUGAGAAUGGGGCUGGCGAGGGGCAAGAAGGAACAGAGGGCGAGAGUGAGGAGACCAAGUGGCGAAGGACUGACUGA